CCACGUAUCAGAGGACGGCAGGUUAAGUAUGUAUUAGUUUGUGUGGCGAAUUUCGACCGUCUGUGUUGGAAAAGAUUUCCUUCGACACUGAGGCUAGGCCGAAAGCAACUUUUCAGUGAUGGGCCUUCAGAGAGGUAAUAACGGAGCUUACUGUAACCGUCCUGGUGACAGUCCUAUGUUUUUGGCGUUUCCCAUUCCGUGGAAAGAACUCGAUGGAGCCCACUGAUUCGGAACGUCUAAAUGCUGGUCUUUGGCGACCUGAACUACUGUCGCGGUCUCGCUGUUUGUGGGCUUGUUCGGGCACUAUGUUCCUUAUUGCUGAUUAGCUGUCUUACUUGGGAUGAUCUCCUUGGCACUAGCCAGUCCUGGAAUUUUGCUUACGAUUUCAACGUUCUCAUUUUUUCCCUCCACUGGGCCAGAAGCGACAAUAUGAGGAGGAAGCAAGCGGCCCUUUCGAAUGGGCAUGUACUUUCUGCAACAUCUUCAUUUACUCAUGCUGUGCUGUUCGUUCACUGCGGAUCUCCAUAUCGAGUUCUAGCUUCCACUUUUCCCCUUCAGUGCGAUGAGGCUCGUGAGCCCACUGAUUCAAGAUUCAACCCAUGGUUUUUGGCGACCUCGGGCUUGACAGGAUGACUAGUAUGUAAGACUCCCUGUUAGCUUCUCUCCUUACGUCCGGUUGUACGUACAACUUUAAACUUACCAAGUUCACUGGAACUC